CCCGGCGGCGCUCCCCUCAGAGGCGAGGCGGCGGGGCGAGGGGUGCUAUGGCGCCGCCGCCGCGGGGGGCCGGGCCGCUCCGCGCCGAGCGGGGCUGGUACCUGUCCGCCCGCGAGCAGCUGGAGGAUGAGGAGGCGGCGGACGAGGACGGGGAGUCCGCCCCCCUGCUGCCGCCGGGCAGCGAUUCUCAAAGUCAUGGUUCUUCCUUUGGUUUCUCAGUAUUGAAUUUAAUGAAUGCGAUCAUAGGAAGUGGGAUACUUGGCUUAUCCUAUUCUAUGGCCAACACAGGGAUCGUGGGGUUUAGUAUCUUGCUGCUGAUUGUUGCCAGCCUUGCUUCUUAUUCUGUAUUUCUUCUGCUCAGUAUGUGCACUCAGACUGCUGUCACUUCUUAUGAAGACCUUGGCCUGUUUGCAUUCGGAUCACCUGGAAAGGUCCUUGUUGCAAUUACAAUAAUUAUCCAGAAUAUUGGAGCUAUGUCAUCUUACCUUUUAAUUGUCAAGUCUGAACUUCCUGGUGCUGUCGCAGGGUUCUUAAGUGAAGAUGAGAAUGGGUCUUGGUACCUUGAUGGAAGACUGCUGCUACUGAUUACUUCAGUCUGCAUUGUUUUUCCUCUUGCGCUUCUUCCUAAAAUUGGCUUUCUUGGCUACACAAGUAGUUUAUCAUUUUUCUUUACGGUGUACUUUGCUCUUGUGAUUAUGAUUAAAAAAUGGUCGAUCCCUUGUCCUCUAAGUAGUGCUGUAGAGACCUUACAGGUUUCAAAUUCUACUGGGGAUUGUAAAGCAAAGCUCUUUCAUCUUUCAAAAGAGAGUGCUUAUGCAAUACCAACUAUGGCCUUCUCUUUUCUCUGCCAUACCUCAGUCUUGCCCAUCUAUUGCGAGCUCCAGAGUCCAUCCAAAAGUAGAAUGCAGAAUGUAACUGUCACAGGAAUUGGUCUGAGUUUCCUUAUUUACUUUAUGUCUGCUCUGUUUGGGUACCUGACAUUUUAUGACAAAGUGGACUCUGAAUUGCUACAGGGUUACAGCAGGUACCUGCCUCACGAUACCAUCAUCAUGACUGUUAAAGUAGCCAUCCUGUUUGCUGUGCUUUUGACAGUCCCUCUAAUCCAUUUCCCAGCAAGAAAAGCUGUAUUGAUGGUGUUUUUCUCUCAUCUUCCUGUGUCGUGGAUUUGCCAUAUCCUUGUCACUUUAACACUGAAUACAAUUGUUGUGUUGUUUGCAAUGUACGUGCCAGACAUUAAAAAUGUAUUUGGAGUAGUUGGUUCAACCACAUCAACAUGUUUGCUUUUUGUUUAUCCUGGACUAUUUUAUCUUAAACUUAGCAGAGAGGACCUUUUAUCACGACAGAAACUUGGGGCAUGUGCAUUGGUUGUUUUUGGCAUUUGUGUUGGCCUUCUCAGUUUAGUUCUAAUAAUUUUCAAUUGGAUUGACCAAUAACAGCCUAUUGUUGGUGUCUGAACUGAGCUGCAGAAGGAUAAGAACCAGAGACAUGUCAGAACUACCGAGAUGAAUGCUGGAUAUCCUCAGGGAAACACUGAACAAAGCUAUCUGUGGAAGAAAUAAUGCUCUUUUUCACUGCAUUAGUGAUGUUCCCUUAAUCUUGAGUCAUUCUCUUCCGUUAUAGGACAAUUAGUCUUUGCCAUUCUAAAAAAAUAGUUUUUAAUUAUGUAAUCAUGAUGGGUAAAAAGAUCUCUUGAAUUUCUGCAAUGCAAAAAUGGUUUAGUGCACGUGGUGAACAAAAGCAGAACUUUGAAAUAACUUCUCUUUCAAAGACAAAGAGUUGGAUAGAUGCUACAUCAAUCAUGAUGUGUGUAUCUUGAUGUGUGCAUUUAGGAUAAUACACACGCUGUCCUAAACAGUGAAAGACUUCAAUUGCUUGAAUAAUUUCCAAAAUUUCAGCCAGUUCGUAUUGAGAACUUCCUGAUUCCAGAUGUUUACCCUAAUUUAUGCCAGCAUAGAUCCAGAAACCAACUGCCUUAGCCCGGUUUAAUGGGCACAUCAUGGUAAUAUUUGUUAAUUGUUUUUUGAAAUACAGUUUUUAUACUUCCAUGUACUUGAAUCAUACUGAAGUAAUUUUUAAAUUAGAAGUCUUUGCCUAUCUAGCAUAACAGCUUUUAGUAGCGUUAGGAAGUAUUUCCAUUUUGCUGUUAACAAUAGACAUUUUUCAACUAAUAUCUAUUUUUUGAUAUUAUUCAAUGCACCUCAGUAUUUCUCCCAGUGAAAGACAUCUUUUGUUUUUCUUAUUCCUAUUUUUGCAAGUGUUUCAUAUUUGAAAUAGUGUUUCUGUGUUUUAUGUACUGUUGUGUGUUAGAAGGUUUGGGUUUGAAAUGUGAAAUUCUGCUUCUGUUGAAGACAAAGGAAAUCUUAUGUUUAUGGAACCCUAAUUUUGAACCUCUAGUUAUGGAACCCUAACCUCUAUAAACCUCUAAUUUAUAGAGACCUUGGAUCUCUAUAAACUUCCAUCUACUCUUUUAUAAUAAUUUUCCUUGUCUAAAUGAAAUGUGAAUGCAACGUUCGACACCUAGCCAGGUUCUGUUAAACGUAGUAUUGAGGACCCACCACAGAAGUUCCUUGUAUUAGUAGAAAAGCAGUAAAGCAGUAGCUGAUAGCGUGGUAAGGUUUUUAAAAUUUCUUUCUAUCAGAUGGGAUCUGAUGUCUUUAAAAUAGCCCAAUCUCUUCAGAGACUUUAUGCCCUAAGGAGGGAGCUAAGCCUUCACAGAAAGGGCUUGUGUAAAGUUAAGAAAUCAGCCUCAAAUGGUAAGAUUAAGGGAGUGGGAAAGAUCUUCAGUAUUUCCAGAUGCAGUCAUUCUUUUAAGUUAUCUUAGCACUUUCACAUCUGAGAAGUGGAAUAAGACACAAGUGAAUCAUAGUGAAGUAAUACAUUUAUGCAACAUGAAAGCAGCUAGUAGGUGACAUUUAAAGAAGUUUUUCUGACCAUAAGGUGCAGAGUUAGCAAAUUAGUUGACUAUUGCUAGAGAGUUCUGCUGAGACAGUUCUGUUAACAUGUUGACUUAUGUUUCAUCUGCUGAGGUAGGCGAGGUGCCCCAUACCCUGGCAUUCUAGCUUCUUACUGGUGGUUCUGUGCUAUUAACCUUUUUAAUCAAUUAACACUGGAUUUGGAAGAUGCUGACUGAUGUGCCAACUUUAACCCAACUGCAAUUGAAUGUGCUUGAUCCUCACUUGACUAACAGGGAGGAACAGCAAAUAGCAGGUUGGAAUUGUCACCUCUGUUCCUGAGCUGACAGACUAGGAUUUCUCAUGCCAACAGAUCACUCUGUUCUCUCGGGAUCUAUAAGAUACUUCUUGGUUUUGAUAGAUGGCCUGAAGGCAUGCAGGUGGUGCAGCUUGGUACUGCUUUAGCAAUCCUUUUUGCUUGGGGAAUAUCCUACUUAGGAGUUUAAUAUAGAAAUAGACCUGCAUGGUGAGGCUGGGGAACUAACAGACAUUUUGGUAGGAUCCCAAAGAAAAGGGUCCCUGGAAAAGACUGCAGUUACUUUUAUCUAGCAGAGGUUCCAUGACACAAGAUGAGCCAUCUAAUAGUUUGUCAGUACCAGAAACAGCAUGUCCAAUCUUGGCCAGAAGUUCACAACUCCUUCUGUGGCACUGGCAGUGGCUUUUGACAAACGUGUUUUACUAACAGAAAACCAACAUGACCACAAGAUGUGAUAUGUUACCUGCCAAAAAAAAUUAAUUGAGUGAGGUCACUCAAGGGACAAGAUUGCCUUUUUCAGCGGCAGCAGCAGCCGCUGCUUUGUCCAGCAGUUUUGCUUCAGCAGGUUGAAGUGUGUGUGUGCACAUAAGGGAUGCCUCUAACUGGAGAGGUCUCUGGCCUCCUUUGAUCAAGGGAUCGAGCAGACUUUCUCAGCGUUGUGUGAAUAUUAAUGGUUGAGGCUCCCUCCCCAUCUUGCCUUUACUCUUGCAGUUCUCCCAGGUUGUUUAACUCUUGAUAACCAGAUGUAGCUGCCUUCCUGCCUGUGGCUACCCUCUAAUAAGCUGUUUUUCACAGGUUUCGUUACACUGUAGGGAUUUGGUCACUCGGUAUCUCUUGGCAGUAGUGCAAAAAGCUAAAUACAUACCUUAUAAAAAUGUACCUUGAGAAAGCGAUGACAGCUGUACAUCAGGAAGUGAUUUUCUGUCUGACUGAACCAAAACUUCUAGGAAACCCAGAGACCUUACAUUCAUGUGAAUGAACUGUAGGGUGUUUUGGGUUUUGGUUUGUUUUCUUUCCAGACACUAGAUUUUAGGAGGAAUAUUUACUAGAAAUUUUAUGGAGGUUGUUUCUCAUUUAGCAUAUGCAUAUUACUGUUGAGUAAUACUUGUAGGACAUCACUGCAGUUGCUUUAUUUUAAACUCCAACCAGCAAGACUUACAGUUUCUGUGAAGGUACAGAACGUUGGCAAAGCUUUGCUGAGUUUUUUUUCUCUUUCCUCCCUGAAAAAGGUGAGUCUUGCUGUGCACUGUGGUGCUGUGUGCGUACACAAGCAGUUGGGUUUGUGUGCAUUGUCUUAAAAAAUGUGACUAAUAAAAUACCUGAAAUAGUGUUAAUUUUACAGUUGAUUCCUGUAAUGCUACGGAAAUCACUGCAUCGUUUUUAAUCCCCGAGCAUUAUCAUAACUAACCUGGCUAUUACCUAAUUGUCGUAGUAGGUAGCCUUUGGAAUGAUGAAUACGAGUGUGUGAAGUUAAUACUUUGUGAGAAUGAAUGGAAGCAAUUCACACCUCUGCUGGAGCUCCAUUAUUACAUUUUGGCUGCGAAGCAGAAAGGAUAGUAGCACAGGGGGUUAUAGAAUGUCAUUUAUCUUUCAACUGAAAGAGUUAGAAAUAUGGCUACUUUUAAGUUUCUAACUUAAAAUAUGGAGAGAGGGAAAGGGGCAGAAAGGAAAAGAACAACAAUUUCCAGAAUAAGAAGAAGGUAUGAGUGCUUUCCACAAUGAAAAAGCAGAGGUAGGACUUUGGGUUUAUCCUUCACGUCUCCCACAGGCCGUUGUUCGCUGUGUCUGUGUAAGGGUUUCACUACAUUUGUGCACUUGUGUGCAUUUUUUGAGCACAAAAUGGCUCACUCAUAUGCCAAUAAAUAGAUUUUUAUUUACUCUUGUGUACAGGUUUGAGGUUUUUUUAAUUCAGAAUUUCCAGAUUUAUAAAUUUCAGUGGUUCUGCUUUAUUACCUGUAGUUAGCAUUUUCUAACCUUCUUUGCUGAAGACUUGACAGGGAUGAAUGAAGGGGCCUGCCGUUUUUCUGAACUCAUUGGGAAAGGUUGCCUUUCCCCAGCUGACCAAGAACAACAGAGAUGGGAAACAAAUUGGUUGCCUUUGGUUUGUUUUCUUUCUCCUAUUUCAUUCCUGGUCUAUUGAAGGCUGCUCAAAUUUCAGAUGGACUGUGGUAAGCUGGGUGGGUGUGGAGAGUGUCUUUUGUAAACAGCAUUGUAGGAACCAGUACUGCAAAACAAAAGCACUCUACACCCCUUUGUUUUGUGGCAGAUGCUCAUGUUUUAUUCCCAUGUUUCUAAGCAGUUUGUAUCUUAAUAUGUUGAUUUUCAUGGCAAUGUUUGUUUAAAAUUCUUUCUUGUGUCCCUGUAUAGUGAAAAUUGAGACACUGUGAAACUGUCUCAUCCUCUCUCUGUCCCUCCUUUCACCUUGCCCUUCAGUUUCUAUUAACACCAGUUAAUGACACUAGGCAGGAAUAUGCCAUUCCUGUACCAUUGCUUGUUUUAGACCUCCUUUCCUGAUUAAACCUAAUUUAACACUUUACCUGAAAUUGUUGGUUUACAGUUGACUUCCACAUUGAAAGUGUUAAUUGCAGUUAGUCUGCACACUGAGAAGCCUCUGGACAUGUUUACUCCUACUUCCUGAUGACUGCCGGUGGGAGAGAUUUUUAGUAUUACAAAAGUGCUGCCUUAUUUCUACAGUUCGUGGUGGUGGUUUUUGGUAUUUGUGUUUCAGUAGUGAUCAUCCAAUCACACUUCAUGUGGCAUUGGAAUUCUUGAAUUAAUAACUCUAUGUAUGUAGCAAUUGCUUGGCUCAUGUCAAACCUGUAUAUUGUACAACAGAUGUCCUCUUUCGACUUCGCCCUUCUUCAGAUUCCCUGUGGAACAGCCAGGGCAUGUUCCAAAAACCCUAGAAAAUAAAGAACAGUAUUUGUGUAACUCA